CUUUCUUGAAAUCCUCAUUCCUUCAUUAUUUUCAUUAUUAUUGUUUCUCUUUAUUUUUCAGAAAACCUUAUUUUCUACGUUCUUCCAAUUCCCAAAUUUCCAUUCAUUCUUCGCUUCCAAACAGCCAUAGCGAUUUCUUCAUCGCUUAAUUCAAAGCUUAUUAUCAAUUUCACCAAGUUAAUCGUCGAUCAAGGUUUGAGUUUGAAUUGUGAAACAAACACCAUGAGAUUAAAAAAGGGAAGUAAAGUGGAGGUUCUUGCCAGCACUGAGGGGCCAUGUGUCGAAUUUCGAUGUGCUCAAAUUAUCUCUGGUAAUGGGCGAACUUACAGCGUCCAGUACGAGUGCUCUACUGUGACAAGUGAGGCAGGUGUGCAGAGAAUUCAAAGGAAGGCCAUCAGACCCUGCCCCCCUCUUAUUGAAGGUGUUGAGAGCUGGAAAGCUUGUGAUAUUGUGGAGGUUUACGAUGCUGGUUCUUGGAAAGUGGCUACUGUUUUGAAGGUCCUAGGUCGGGAUUUCUACCUGGUAAGGUGCUUGUCAUCUUGCAAGCAGAUGAAGGUUCACAAAGAUGGCAUGAGGGUGCGGCAAUCAUGGAUAAAUGAUCAAUGGAUCAUUAAUCAACAGGAUCUUGGUAAUUCGGGAGGUGGGAAGUCUAGCUGCAAUUUGAUUUCAAACAGUUAUAAGGUGAUGCAUGAAGUUCAACAAUCUGGUACCCGAAAAAGUCAGCAAGAUAGAAGUGAUUGUUUCUCAAGUACAAAUGCUAGUGCUCUCUACAAGCCUUUUGCAGCUUCAUCUACAGGACUGAAGAGACUGUCUCCAUAUGGUAAUUCUGCUGUUCAUGCUUAUCCCAAAAAGAUGAGGGCUGUUAUAAAUAAGGGUGAGUAUGAAAGAUCCAAAGUGGUUCCGACAGCCCAAAAGGUAGAUGUUAUUGCUUACCCACAAAAUAAAAUGGGUGAAAAAUGCAUGUAUGAUUCCAUUAUUAAUGGUACCAACCAAUAUUGUGAAACAUGGAAGAAACCUCCCCAUGUCACAACAUGUUAUUUUGAAAGAAUUGCGGAGCCAGAUUAUUCUUGUAAUGAUCUGAGUUCUGUUGGCAGUUGUAGUGUGAUAGGUAGUAGUACAAGUAGAAGUUCCAGUAAUAUGUUAGCAGGUUCUUGCCAUGAUGAAGAUACCCUUUCUAGUGACGCAGAGUCUUUAAAUGUUGGAGAUUUGGAUAAAGGGUGUCCAAUUUCUCCUGAGGAGGAUGUAGCAGAAGGAAUUCAUAGGGUAGAGUUGCAUGCCUAUCGCAGUACUCUAGAGGCAAUAUAUGCUUCUGGUUCUUUAAGUUGGGAACAAGAAGAGUUAUUGACUAAUCUUCGUAUAUCACUACAUAUUUCUAAUGAUGAACAUUUGAUGGAGAUAAAGAACUUAGCUUCAGUUGGUCAGAAUUUUUAGAUAUUCAUACAAGGGAUGUCAUGUUAGAAUUUUUUACUUUUAACUGUUAAAUGUACAGCAUUAGAUCCUGAUUGUUAAUCUUUCUGUAUUAAUAAUAAUAAUCAUUAUGAGUAUAUCAAA